AUGGCGCUGGUGCCAGGGCCGACUGAAUGGAUAUCGGUCUUUCUGUUCCAGGCGGUGAUCCAUACUUCGGUGUGGGCCGGGCAGAAGCGUCUGGGUCAGUUAGUCAAGUGGAAGACGGCCGAGGAAGUGGCGGCGCUGAUCCGCUCGCUGCCGGUGGAGGAGCAGCCCGAGCAGAUCAUCGUGACGCGCACGGGCGUGCUGGACCCGUUGGAAGUGCAUCUUCUGGACUUCCCCAACGUGGAGCAGCUGGGCGACAUGGUGCUGAGGGCCACCGAGCUGCAGAUGGUCUUGUUCAACCUCUACGACGACUGGCUGAAGAACAUCUCCUCCUACACCGCCUUUUCGCGUUUGGUCCUGAUUUUACGCGCGCUGCAUGUCAACACGGAGCGGACCAAGGUGGUGCUCAAGCCGGACAAGACCACCAUCACCGAGCCGCACAUCUGGCCCACGCUCACCGACGAACAAUGGAUCAAGGUGGAAGUGGCGUUGAACGACGUGAUUGUGGCUGAUUACGGGAAGAAGAACGGGAACGUGGCCUCGCUGACGCAGUCGGAGAUCCGCGACAUCAUCCUCGGCAUGGAGAUCUCCGCCUCCUCGGCGCAGCGCCAGCAGAUUGCCGAGAUCGAGAAGCAGACGCGCGAGCAGUCCAAUUUAACCGCUGUCGCAACGAAGACCACCACGAAGUCCGGCGACGCCAUCGUGACGACGACGACGUCCAACUACGAGACGCAGUGGUUCUCCUCGCGCGCCGAGUGGCGCGUCCGCGCCAUCGGUGCGGACGCGUUUUGUUUGCUUUUCACUUAUUGA